AUGGGGAAAGAAACUCGAGUGAUAUACUGGUUCCGAACGGAUCUUCGACUUCACGACUCCCCGGCUUUGAAGGCAGCACUAGAUCUCCAACCUACUGCUUUUUGGCCCGUUUGGACAUGGGACCCUCAUUAUGUGUAUCGUGCGCGUGUAGGUGUUAAUAGAUGGCAAUUUCUUAUUGACUCCUUGAAUGAUGUCUCGACAUCCAUAACCAAACUCAACAAGAAGUCCAAACUAUUUCUUCUAAGAGAAGCGCCUCAGACGCUUUAUCCUAAGCUGUUUAAAGCGUGGAAAGUUACCCAUUUGGUGUUUGAGAAAGAUACAGACGCGUAUGCUCGAGAUCGAGACGCUGCUGUCAUUAAAGCCGCCAAAGAAGCAGGAGUGGAAGUCAUUGUCAAAUCUGGCAGGACGUUAUGGGAUAGUGAUGAGCUAGUCAAAAAGAAUGGAGGUAAUGCAACUAUGACCAUCACUCAGGUGCAAACCGCUGGUCCAAAAGUUGGGCCUGUUCCUAGACCAAUACCCGCUCCGAAAUCGAUACCAGAUCCCGGAGAGCUUGAAUUACAUUUUGAACAAGAACAACCUACUUCCAAACCAGACUUUAAUAGCGGUCCACGACGGCAUGAUGAUAAAUCCUACGAGAACAUAUCAGGGCCGAAUGGAGAUUUUGCAGUCCCAUCUCUCGAGGAACUUGGUAUGCAGCCAGCAACGACCAAACACAGAGGAGGAGAAUCACUUGCUCUCAAAGCUCUAUCAAAAAUAAUAGCGGACAAAAAAUACACCGCCACAUUCGAGAAACCCAAAACAGCACCCACAGAUUUCGAACCUCAAGCAACCACUCUCCUCUCACCACACCUCCACUUCGGCAGUCUAAGCAUCAGAGAAUUCUACUGGCAAGUCCAAGACACCAUCGCGUCCUACAAAGGUAAAUCAUCCGAACCACCAGUCUCCCUACUAGGCCAACUCUACUUUCGCGACAUGUACUUUGGCGCUCAAGCAGCAGGAGGUUGGUAUUACGCGCAAACCAUAAACAACCCGCACUGUCGCUUCAUUCCCUUUUCUCUCCCCGCCAAAAUAGAUCCAGACACCAAACUCAUAACCGGCGAGUUCCAAUCCACAGAUUCACAAGCAGAAGAAUGGUUCGUCCGCUGGAAAUACGGCCUCACGGGAUUCCCCUGGAUCGACGCUCUGAUGCGCCAACUCCGUCUCGAAGGUUGGAUACAUCAUCUGGGUCGCCACGCUGUAGCUUGUUUCCUUACUCGCGGCGGUUGUUUUAUCCACUGGGAGCGUGGCGCCGAAGUUUUCGAGGAAUGGCUGAUUGAUCAUGAAGUCGCUUCCAAUGUAGGGAACUGGCAGUGGUUAAGCUGCACGGCGUUUUAUUCUAUGUACUAUAGAAUGUAUUCACCCAUCGCCUUCGGCCAGAAAUGGGACCCCGAGGGUAAAUUUGUUAGGAAUUUCGUUCCGGAACUCAAGGAUCUCGAUAGGAAAUAUAUUUACGAGCCUUGGAAAGCGCCGAAAUCAGAUCUCAAGAAAGCAGGCGUCUCGUUUUUGACAACGGAUCAAAUCUUAGAUCAAGUCAACCGCUUCAAGGAAGGCCUGUCUAAUCCUACGGCUGAGGACUCAAAACAAUAUCCACGGCCGAUCUUCGAUUUUCCGGAACGUAGAGCGUUUUGUCUGGAUGCGAUGAAGAAAGCAUAUCACAUUAAUCUCUAUGGAAAUGAUCCAAAGGUUUUGGAUGGGAGUUGGAAGGAAUUGUUUGAGCAGAAGGAGGUUGCGAAGGCCGACGAGGGGAAGGUUAGUGCGGAUGAUAAUGAGGCGGCGGAGGGGGGCGAUGGGAAUGCUGGAGCAAAUGGGAAGAGGAAGAGGGGGAAGGAGAAGGGACAGGGGACGCUGGAUGGGAUGGUUAAGAGGAGUAAGAAGUAG